CCUAACAACUACCUUCCUCUUCAUAUUUACUGCCUUGGAGCAUAGAUAGAGAGAGAGAAAGCUAAAGCAAUCUCAGUACUACUGGCAAAUAUUUGAAACUGAUGCAUAUAUAUCUAUAAAUAUAUCGAUCUCUGAUAUAUAUAGCAAAGCUCACAGACAUAUAUAUAAUAAUAUAUAUAUAAUGGCACCUGGAAAAGAAAGUAAUACGAGCAGCAGCAGCAGCAACAACAGUAAUAGUUAUCAAUGUGAGCCGUGCAAAUCGUUUGGUCAAAAGUGCAGCCAUCUUGUGAAGAAGCAGAGAGCCAAAUUCUAUAUCCUCAGGCGUUGUAUAGCUAUGCUUGUCUGCUGGCGUGACCGUGGAGACCAUUAAUUAGUUAAUUAUAUAUAUAAAUACUUAUUAUGAUUAGUUUUAGAUUAUUGCUGUAUUGAUCUUCUCUUUCCUUUUUCUUUCCCCAUUUAUUAGAUAUAAUAUGGAUAUAAUAAGUAUAAUUAUAUUAUGAGAAAUAGCAAUGUAAUUAAAUAAUAAGUUUUCUUAUUAUUUUGUAUUAGAUUAUAAAUUGUGUAAGCCCCUCCUCUUGAUUAUUUUGGUUGUGUAGAAAUAUAAAAAUCUCAAUUGGUUUCUCAUGAAAACCAGGAUCACUCUACUUUUUGUGUUGUUUUGUUCUUCAGAUUAUGAUGAUGAUCUCAUUUCAUAAUAUAAACAAAAGAAAGAAAAAGGUGGGUUAUUAUUCU